GCCUUAAGUUUUGCUAAUUGCUUAAAUACUACUAAAUAUUGGUAGAUAUAGCGGUGAAUCCAACAGAUCGAUCCUUUGCAAAAAUUUCAUAAGGUUUUAACUUAUCAACUUUUCGAAUAUGAAAAAUAUUGCUCCAUAUGAAUGGUCAGAAAAUGAAAGAAUAUCAUUUUGUUAUUUGGGAUACAUAUAAUGUAGAAUUUGUGAACUCAGAAUUCAUCAUGACAUGAUUGGCCAGUGGAAAGAAAAGUAUCCACCAAAACAAUUUGCUCUAUUAGCUUUUACAGGUGCUCCGGCAAGUUUUCCCGUUCAACAGGAAAAUCUUCCACUACAGAAAUAUUUAGAAUGGUCGGAUAAUAUCGAGAAAAAAGCCGAAAACUUCAUUAAAAAGGUUCUUCCAAAAGGAGCUUUUAUAGGUAUUCACCUACGCAAUGGAAUUGACUGGGUAAGAGCAUGUCAACACAUUCCCGAAAGUCCUGGUCUUUUUGCAGCUCCUCAGUGUCUAGGUUAUAGAAAUGAAAAAGGUCCGGCAACUUCUGACAUGUGUUUACCAAGUCAAGAAAUGAUAAUUAGGCAGGUAAAAAGGGUUGUCAAAAACAUUAAUAAUUCUGUCAAUAAUAAUAAUGAUCGUACAAUUAAGUCACUUUUCGUAGCAGCUGAUAGUAAUCACAUGAUCGAUGAACUUAAAUCUGGAUUGCAUCGAAUGAAGGUCAAAGUUUUCAAAUAUCCCGAAUCGGAUCCCCAUGUCGAUUUGGCAAUUUUGGGAAAGUCAAAUCAUUUUAUCGGAAACUGUAUAUCAUCGUUUAGCGCUUUUGUCAAACGCGAAAGAGAUGUGAAGGGAUUUACGUCUUCAUUUUGGGCGUUUCCAACACAAAAAAAUAGUAAAACGAGUGCUACUCACGAAGAGUUAUGAUAGCUUUGUACAUGUUUAGGACAACUUCUAUACUACGUUCCACGUUAAGAAAAUAACAUUGCGGAGAUAGGGCCAUGUAUUUCUUAUGGACGAUAGAAACGCGGCGUUGCCACGACACAUACAAGCACAAUUUAGGGUUUUAUAAUUUGUAUUUUCGUUUCCACAGACAUGAAUUAAAUUAAUGUUUUUUAACGUAAUUGACAAAAGUGCCCAUUCGAAACAAGAGAUGAAAAGUAGGGAAAAUGAUUUAAAUUAUAUAAAUAGUAUUUACAAAAGAUAAUUUUAUUUUAUCUUAUUUUAAUUAUAGUAACGACAGUUUAUUUGUUUUUCGGUGAGAAUACCAUAUACCAUGAAUCAGUAGAAAAUAUUGCUUAGUUAAAUCAUGCAUUUUGCCGCCUAUUAAAGUUUUAAAAGCAAAUAAACGGACCGCUUGAAUGCGUAUAUCUAAUUACUAAUUGCAACUUAAAAUAAUACGAUGUGCGUAUGUCAGCGAUGUUAUGUCGUUAUCUGCCUACAUAAUGAUAAUAAGGCUUUUAUUUAGUAGUUAUUCUGACUUUACAGUUAACUGUUAAUUGAAAAUGAAAAUUCAAAAAUUAAGCAAAGGGAAUAUCUUGGACAUCCGUGCAAAAGAGAGGGCUUGAGAGUUUUGGCAACACUGAUCUCCAUAAGCGUAAUGUUAUUUUCUUAACUUGAAACAAAGAUUAGAUGAAGUGUAUGCAUGGACGUAUAAAUACGUCCAUGAGUGUAUGUUAACAAAAGAGUCGUAAUUUUGUAACUAAACAAUUUUUAUUUCAUUCAAACAUAUUUUUGAAUAUCAGCGAUUGAAUAAAAUUGCACAAGUAUUGUCUAGUCUUUUCCAGGGUUGAAAUGUGGAGACUUUUUGAUUUGGUCUGAAUCCACUUCAGCCUAUUGGUACAAUUUAUGGCAGAUCAAUCUUACAGCUCACUUAUUUUACGUGCAAAAGACUUUUAAUAGUGAUCAUUUUAAAGCUUAUUUCAAGUACUACAAAACCCUUUUUUAUUAGAAUGCAUAAAAUGCAUCUGUUAGCCGCUAGAUGGCAUUGGUCACAUCGAUUAAAUUUCAGACAAAAUAAAAAAUCAAUAUAAGGUUGAAUGUUCGAAUAAUUAAACUUUGAGGGUAUACAAGGCAACUAUCGAACACGGUGAUUAAUUUAAUCUUGCCAAGUACUUUCGAUCAAUAGAUCAUCUUCAGGGGCAUUUCGUCAGUUGUGGCCUAUCCGACAUAGUAGAAUGUCAUAAAUGUAAAAUUUGGACAUAACAAUAAAAUACAAUACACUAAGACAAACAAACACUUUAAAAUUUAUAAGGAGAAGCUACAUGUUGUAUAGAAGCCGGAGACAGAAUGAUGUCAUUCUUAUGAUCACAGCUACGAAAUAAAAUCUCGUAUUGAAAAAGCCAGAAGCUCAAUACAUGUACAUCUAGACACUGAUGAUGGAAUAUGGAUUACGAAAACGUUUUACGUAUAUACCUUUUACAAAGGAUUUUUAAUAUUUUUUUUAGUAUAUGGUAUACAGCCAACUACAGGAACGUAGAUUCCUUGUGGAAUUUUAUUAUUUGAUAAACUUAACUAGAUAUUUGAUAAACUUUAAUUAUUUUAUUAUUUGAUAUACUAGAUUUGAUUAUGCAAUCUACAUUUUUUUGUUAACAUACACUUCGAAUGCAAAUUUAAAAAUAUAUAGGAACAAAAUAUAUUGCACUUUUUUCAUAGUGGCAACUAUUAUUAUAGACUGAAAUAUACUCAAACACUGAGCAAAAAAUAAAAUUGUAUAAAUAAUUUUUUUUAUAAUAUUUGACACAGUUUAUUAAUUCGAAUAUUAUUUAGUAUCGAAUAGAGAAAUGUUAUUAUUCUAGACUUAUUGUUCAACAGAAGACAUUUUGUAUUCCUUUGUGCUGUUAUCUUUAAGCUGUUAAUGUUAUUUAUGGUAUAUAUUUAUUUUGGGUUAAUGAACGAGAAAAGUCGUAAAAAUGACUUUUUUAUAAUAUAAUGAUUGCCGUGAUAAUAAUCCCAACUUGUUUUAACAGUUUAUAUUUCAAUUAACAAUUAGAAUACAAUGUUAUCCUAUAGGUUAAUGACUUUAGAGCACAUCACUGGUCAUAUUUGACAUGGUAAGGUCUUCUCCAUCGAUAGUCAUUGACAUGAUAAGUCUCUUAAAUAGUUUUGUAGGUCUGCUGGUCAAUUUCUCUUGAGUCUUCUGGUUUGGGCUAUAGUAGUGGGUGAAGUAGCAAAUUUGUGUGGGUUUCUAAUUUGUUAUGAUGUUUUGUUAACAUACUGUAUUUUUAGGUAUUCGUGUGAUGUUUGAUUGGAGACAUACAUGGUGUAUCUGUUAUCAUGCGGAGUGUUUUGGAUUGAAUAAGUUGUAAAAUAGAGAUGUUCUACUUACUUGUGCAUCUCCAUAGUUCCGCCCCAUAUGCCCAGAUGGGUUUUAUGAUUGUUUUAUAAAUAAGAAGUUUGUUUUGUAGUGAUUCUUUCGACUGUCUACAUAAUAGCCAGUAAAUAUCUUAUUUUUAAAUGAAUUUUUUUGCGUUUUUUGAGAAUUUAUUCUUUACAGGUUAAUUCGCUGUCUAGGUGAACUUCUAAACAUUUUAUUUUUGUGGAUUGUGGUAUUUGUAUAUAUUGUUUAGGCACACUGGUUCGUCACCGAUGAUGAUGAUGAUGAGGUACACUGGUAGGCACUAGUGCUUCGUCAGGGCCAAGGUAACUUGCACAUAUUUCGUUUCAAUAAUUUUGAUUUUCCAUGUUUGCAGUCAUGUUUGUAUUUGAUCCAAGUAAUCUUGGAGAAGUGCAGAAGCUCUUACUGAAUUUACGUGUCAUCAGCAAAUGCAGUCUCUCUAGUAACACGGAGUGCUAUAGGAUUGCCCUAAUAGCACUUCUUUGUAGGGACACCGAAUUUGAUAGGAAAACUCUCUGAUAUAUUUUCAUUUAAUUUUGUUCUAUACUCUCUGUCACUUAGAUAAGAUCUUAAUAAUUUGAAAUAUGUGAUGGAAGAUACUUUUUUACCUUGCAUAAUAAUUUUGUAUGCCAUACCUUGUUAAAGGCUUUACGGACGUCUAGAAAAAUCUUUAUUGGUUUGUAUUACCAAUAAUUCUGUGGACUUGUUGAACAGUGUGAGUGUUUCUAUCUUAAGUCAAACUGGUGGUUUGUAUCCAUUUGUGAGUAUCAGGAUCAGAAUUUAUUCUUUGUAGUAGCAGUCUUUCAAGUAUUUUGGGGAUAAUGGGUAGUAAACUUAUUGGUCGAUAUUAUGUAACAAUAUUUGGACUUUUGCUAGGUUUCAUAAUGAAUAAUUAUUUGUGUGAGUUUCAGCAUUUUAGACCAGUAGUUGAAUCUUUAAAUAAUCAUUAAAUAUUUAUGGUGCUUUUCGAAGAUUUAAGUACUUAAUAAUAAACUUUAUUUAUUCUUGUACUGAUAGUGUUUUUAUGGGUAGAAUAUUUAUGGGUAUUUGGGAUAAUUCCCUUGUUAUCUUAUCAUAUGGUAUUUUUAGUCUUGAUUACUGUGGCAAGAUGUUUUGCAUAUAGUCAAGCUUUUUCUUCAUCUGGCCCUUCUACACUUCUGGCCCACGGUUUCCAGAUAUAAUUGUCAUAUCGGUUGAGACUUGUGAGGUAAUCCGUGAAUGAACUUUCUCGAUCAGAUUUUUGGAGUAGAAAUAACAACAUUCUGCAGUAAAUUUAAAUUUACAGUAAUAACGAAAAGCGAACCGACUGUAUGCAGUCCAACGAUACUCUACCGUACGUGUUAUUUCUGAAGAUACUGUAUCCACUCAUUUGAACAGUAGCAUUCUUAAUCUUCUUCCAGUUCCAGUUUUUGUGAAAUAUAAUUGAUGUUAGCUGGUGUGGAAAGUUGAUUUCCCAAAACACAGGAAUUUUUUUUGCUUGGGUACGAUAUAUUGGCACUUACUACGUGAAUUGAAGUUUCUUUGAACGACUUUCUAUUGAGUUUCCCAUUAAACGACUUCUCAUUAUGCUCAAAAGUGUAGUGUCGCAUUUCCGAUUAUUAAUAAUUUUGUACUUUCUUAGUCGGUCUGAAUAAAGGGAGAGUUUUUUUUUAAUGUAUACAGACCCCGUGUUGUGUUUUAUAUCAUAUUAUCAAAAGUGUCUUUCAAUGCUCAGCAUUAUUUCUUCAGUUCUUCUGAUUACUUUUCUACUUGGUUAUUCCUCGAAGAUAUUCAUAAUCUGAUCAAUAUCCCUACGCUAUAAUUCAAUCCUUCUUAGCAUCCGUUUUCCCAGGUUGCAACAAUUAAUACCCAUAACAUUAGCAAUUGCUGUUGCUGCAUAUACAAAUAUUCCAAUGUAUGGGCUUCUAUGACAUAAUUGGGUAGGAUUUAAGUGUUGACAAUUGGUAAUACCGCAUGAUAUCUUGUACGGUACGUGCCAUUUCGCUUACAAGGCUAUCGUGCAACUCAUUGUUGUCCUGCUAUGUAUUAUCAGGUUGAAUUUCUUGUCAAGCUCAGAAAUCUGGGGACUUGAUCUACAACUGCCUCUUGGUUGUAAAUCUCCCAUUCGACUGCGCUUCUGAUGGCAUCGCUUUAGACUCUGGGAUAAUAUUGUUUCUUAUAAUUACCUAGCAUUGAUCUGCUAUUCACUGUUCAUAUACUUGAAUCUCUAUGUACUUUCCGCAAAAUUCGGCAUACAGAUAUUGUCGAUAGCCGAUAGUUUCUUGACCGAGGUUUGUCACCUUGUAAUAGGAGUGCAAAGUGUUUCAUUCAUGGACACAGUCGAUUUCAUGUACUGUUCGGUCGUCCCGGGUGGGUGAGUGCUGGCUGAUGUUCCAUCUCAGCAUAUUCAGCGAGUAUUCAGUUGUUUCUCUUGCUUGUGGUUGCUGAUUUUAAACUGUAGCUGAUUGUAUGAUAGGGACCCGUCUCCCUAACCGCUGCCACUCACGUCACAUAUGCCGCCACGUCCAGCGUUGAUUCCAGAAGUGCUCUUGCCAUCUCCAGGCAGCGACCCUAAGCACAUUAUUGUUGAUCCUUUUCAUGGGUGUUCACUUUAUACCUAAUGACAGGUGUCAGUUUUUGUUCGACGACAAGUAUCCCUGCUAACCUGUGGUUAUCUGGUUAAUGUUUGUAUUUUGAGAACUAUUUCCGCAGUGGAUAUUGAAACGUCACUAAACUUAUUUUAACCAUGUUGUGGCUUAUUCCCAUUAAAAUAGUAAUUUCUUUGGUUAUCGAGGUUAUCUAGGAAUAUCUAGAAGGUAUUCCUAGAUAGACCCCAUUUGCAGGAGGUCCUGCCUGGUAGAAGAACUAACAAAAACUCUCACAGGUAGCUUAUUUAUUAUUACUGUUUUAGAAAUUCAUAAUAUCAUCGACUUUAUAUAGCUUUCUUCUUCUUCUUAGGGUGCCUGUCCGUUCCGAACGUUGGCGAUCAUUCUAGCUAUGAUAACUUUGUUGGUUGCUAUACGAAAUAGCUGUGUUGAGGUCUUUCUAUACCAUGCUCUAAGGUUAGCAAGCCAGGAUAUUCUUCUUCGUCCUGGAACUCUUUUUCCUUCAAUUUUACCCUGCAAAAUGCAUUGGAGUAGCUCGUAUCUGCCUUGAUUUCUCAUUAUAUAUCCCAAGUACUCCAGCUUACGGCUCUUCACAAUGUUGACCAAAUCCGCGGUUGUGUUUAUCCUCCGCAGUACUUCUUCAUUGGUGAAUAUAGCUUUACCUUAUUUAAUAGUUAUUGAUGUGACACUCACUCAAGACUUUCUUGUAAUCAACACAGGCAGUAAAAAGCGUUUUGUUGAUGUAUGCCUGGUUAGAGGUUAAUGAGUUAGAAUUGAUAGAUAAUUAUUUUUUGCGUGUCCAUGAAGCUACCAGUAAAUGACCAAUUUGUACAUAGUUGGAAGACAUAUAAUUUGACAAUUCUUGGCUGCAUCUUUUGAAAGUUGUUUUGGUCUUUCGGUAUUAAAUAAGUUAUUCCUUGAGUAAGACAUUCAAGAAAUGGUAUUUCGUGUGGAUUAGGAAUAGUAUGAAUAAUGAAUUUUUCUAAACACUCAUGAGCAAUCCACAGGUUAUUUAGCCAGAAUUUGAGAACCGCCUGGUUCUAAAGAUUUCCAGCUAUUUUUAUUUAUUAUAUACAAUUAUUAUUAUACACAAUUUAAUAUAUACAAUUAUUAUAUUAAUACAAUACACAUUUAUAGAAAUUAUAUAUUAUUGGAACAUUUUGAAUUUUGUUGAGAUUUUGCAAGGAUACAAAAUUUCACCAAUUUGGGUUAGGCAACACUCAACGCAUUUUAACGUAUUGGUAGUUAUCGCAUAGUCGUUACCAAAUUAAGCUAUUAUUUUGAUAAUAUUUAUUGAUAUAGUUAAUAAGUUGUUAUUACAAUUGUUUAUCAAAGUUUCGUUUUUUACACUGUAUUUUUAUAGAUAUAAAUAAAUAUCACGC